CUCUCCGGAGUUCGAAUUGCUGCUAUUCAAUUGCCGGACAGGUUUGCAGACCAUGUCUGGCCAAUUCUCCAUGAUGCACUGAGACUUUUUGGACUGGAAGAACAAAUUAAUGGUGAUGAAAAUUAUUGUUCCUUUUGGCCUCUUCUCAGGAUCAGAAGGUCCUUUUCGGGUUGAAGGAGUGGAUGGGGUAACCCAGUGUCAACAGGUUGAAGCGACGGACAUCAAGCAGGUCUGGAACCGACACGGGGAUUUUGGAGUUUGAGAUGGAGGACAAGUCUCUCAGUUUCUGCUUCCUGUAGUCCUUGGUCAUGCUCCGCAUGACCGGACGAUGGAAUUCGAAGCGUCAGAAGAUGUGAGGUAGAUCCGAGCUAGAGCAGCUAGAGCCAAAGCCAUCCUGGUCAUGUACAUGAAAGCACUGCUUUUUUUUUUUUUUUCGCAAUGUCGGCGGUCCCAUUCGUGUUUCACCAGGAACGAUUCCUGACACCCCUACAUCACACACAACUUCCUCAAGUCCUUUGGCUCAAGGUAUCUCCCAACACCGUCGGAUUUCUCCCCUCCGAUGAGUUCCUCUCUUCCUCUCGUGGUGUCCUUCCUCGCGUGCUGCGUGGCAGUGACGGCUGCGAUCACACCCGUGGAGCGUGCCUUUGAGCAAUAUUUGAAGGAUUUUGGCAAGAGCUACAAAGACCCUGUGGAGAAGCAGGCACGCUUUGAGGCCUUUUUGGACAACUAUGAGUAUAUCCUGCGGGAGAACUCCAAGGGUCAUUCUUACACUUUGGGCUUUACAUACUUCACCGACAUGAGCGUCGAGGACUUCGAGACCAGUCACUUUGGGAUGAAGCCGAGGAAGCCGAGCGCGGCGAGUCGAUCGAAGCACGUGGUGAGGAACGUCUCGUUGCCCAGCUCCGUGGACUGGAGAACCGAAGGUGCGGUGACCGCCGUGAAGAACCAGGAACAGUGUGGCAGUUGUUGGGCUUUUAGUAGUACAGGCGCUUUGGAAGGUGCUUGGGCAAUUGCUACCGGUAAGUUGGAGUCUCUAUCGGAGCAGCAGCUGGUGGAUUGUUCCAGCAGCUUUGGGAACGAAGGCUGCAAUGGUGGUGACAUGGAUGACGCUUUUCAGUACGAAGAGGAAAAUGCGGUGUGUACUGAGCAGAGCUAUCCUUACACGGCGACAGGUGGAAUUUGCAACUCUUCCAGCUGUACCGUUGGAAUUCCUCGUGGAAGCGUCACUGGCUAUGUGGAUGUGGAGGCUGAUGAUGAGGAGGCCCUGAUGGAUGCUGUAGCUCAGCAGCCUGUGUCAGUAGCCAUUGAGGCAGACAAGAGGGCUUUCCAAAACUACAAAAGUGGGGUGCUCAGCAAGGUUUGUGGAACAUCAUUGGACCAUGGAGUCUUGGUGGUGGGUUAUGGCACAGAAUGGGGCCGGCCAUAUUGGUUGGUCAAGAACAGCUGGGGUAGUUUCUGGGGUGAAGAUGGCUAUGUGAAGCUGGAGCGUGGCAAGCCGGGGGCCGGGGAGUGUGGUGUGAAGUCCGAAGCCUCCUACCCAGUGGUGGCUGGUGGCCCUGCGCCAUCUCCACCACCAUCCCAUGCGCACUACGGGAAGCCUCCGUGCCUGGACGAUGAGUCCCCCGUCACCGUGUUGGGCAAAGGCAGUAUUUGUGCUGCAGAUUGCACCAAGGGCUGCCCCAAGGAUGUACCAGCAGGCACGACGGCUCGACCCUAUUGCCGGGAUGAUGACUACUGCGCCUUGGGGUGUAUGAUUGGGGGAUGCCCUAAGGGUGCGAAGUGUGUUCACAAUGGAGGAUUGCUGGGUGUGUGUGUCUACCCAGACCUGGAGAUAGUCGUUUGAACACGCCAAGAGAAGCGUGUCGUCACCCGGCGCCAGCGCUGAUUGAGCCUGUCGCCCAGCUCGACGAGCUCGUCAAAGAAGGUGGCAGAAAUGGCUGUGGAUGGCAACGGCUCAGAGGUUUUAAGGUCGGAAGAUUGUGACAUCAGUGACAUCCACCAACCAAACGCUACGAGCCAAACAUGAGGCAGUUUCUUGAGGCC